AUGGUAGAGAAAUGUCUAUGCAUGCAAUUGGUAACCAGUUCGAUACUGCAACUUCAACUGUAUAAUAUUGUUCAAGAAGUCACUGAUUGUCUUUGUAAUAGUAUGGCUAAAAUAUUUAUCACUUGGCCCAACAUUAAAGAAUGUACAAUAAUUGAAGAAGGAUUUAGAGUGAGAGCUAAUUUUCCUAAUGUCAUUGGUGCGAUUGAUGGUUGUCAUAUUUCUGUAAAAGUUCCAUCUUCAGAACAAGACAGCUACACAAACAGAAAGAUGACCAAAAGUAUUAUUGGUCAAGCAAUUUGUACAUCCAAUAAGAUAUUUACAAAUAUUUGUGUUGGGUAUCCAGGUCGUGUUCAUGAUGCUCGGGUGUUUAAAAAUUCUAAAAUAUUCAGUAUUAUGCAAAAUGAAGGGCCAAGUGACACGGUUGACCGGAUGUGGUAA